UUUGACGAGGAUGGGACAGUGCUUCAGGACAAGCUGGUAGCCCUCAAUCGCAUCGUUCGUCAAACUGAAAAACAGGCUACUGAGAUCCACUACUCGCGAGAAUUGCUUGAUAAGCUCCGCUCAGAGGUUCAUUUGCUACGGACUGGUCAGCGAAUCGAAAUCAGAGAUGGUGGU